AUGGGAGACCGAAACACAAGAUACUUCCAUGCUUGUGUGGGUGCCAAAAAGAGAAGAAAUCAUGUGGGGAUGAUUAUUGAUGAAAGGGGGCAGCAAUGGGAUAAUUCUGAUGAUGUGGAGAAAGCCUUCAUUGAUUAUUAUACGGGCCUGUUUACAAGGGGUGCAGUGGGGGACCUUAGUCCGUGCAUUCAACCCAUUGGGAGUCGGGUAACAGAGGCUAUGAAUUUGGAUCUCUUGCGGAGCUUUACUAUGGAGGAGAUUGAUGUUGCUCUCUUCCAAAUGUCGCCUUUAAAAGCUCCGGGUCCAGACGGGCUGAAUGCUUGCUUUUUUCAAUCCAAUUGGUCUACUUUGCGAGAGGAGGUAUGUAGUGUUAUCCUUGAUAUACUUAAUGAAGAGGCUUUAAGUGCUAUGAUCUCCCAUGCAAAUGAAGAAGGGUCUUUGACAGGGGUUCCCACAUCGAAGAAAGGCCCGGCGCUUAGUCAUCUCUUUUUUGCAGAUGAUAGCUUGCUUUUUUGCAGGUCAACUUUGGCUCAAUGGAACUCUUUGACGUCCAUCUUACAAGCAUAUGAAGGGGCAUCUGGACAGAAAAUGAAUUCUAACAAGACGGCUCUAUUUUUCAGCAGGAAUUCCAGUGAUGUUGAUAAAGAACAAAUACGGAGAUUGGCGGGAAUUCCUAUAAAUCAGAGAUAUGACACUUACUUGGGGCUGCCCGCUCUUGUGGGUAGAUCCCGGACUAGAGCUUUUAAAAGUAUCAAGGAAAGGGUGUGGAAGUGUCUCCAAGAUUGGAAGCUUAAUUUCUUGUCCCAAGCCGGGAAAGAAAUUUUAUUGAAGGCGGUGAUUCAAGCAAUACCUACCUAUUGUAUGAGUAUCUUCAAGCUUCCUAAGGUGCUUUGCUUAGAGAUCAAUUCCCUAAUGAUGAAGUUUUUCUGGGGUCAUAAAGAGAAGGAGAACAAGAUUCAUUGGAUGAGUUGGAGCAAGAUGAGUUUGUCCAAGGCUCAGGGGGGCCUAGGCUUUCGAGACAUUGUUAGCUUUAAUAAAGCUCUCUUGGCCAAGCAAAUUUGGCGGUUAUGGAAAUAUCCAGACAGCUUAAUCGCAAAGAUUAUGAAAGCGAAGUACUAUCCGGAGUGCUCGGUCCUUGAUGCUCCUUGUGGAAAAAAACCGUCUUUUGCUUGGAGGAGUAUCCAAAAUUCUAGUGAUCUUGUCAAUGAGGGAUUGAUAUGGAGAGUUGGGAAUGGGCAAUCAAUUCGGAUUUGGCAAGAUAAAUGGGUUAAGUCCCAACUACAUAUAGAGUGCUCUCUCCCCCAAGUGUUAUUGACCCUGACUCUACUGUGA